AUGGCUAUGAAUGCGGCACAUCUUGAUGCUGUCGAGUUCCCUACGGGCAGUCUCUCUCCUCAUGCUACUAUCGGUUGUAGUGGGGAGGUUUUCUCUUCGGUUUCCGUCAGGCAGGCUGUUGGUUCACUUCCUCAGUUUGACAGAGAUCGUUCCGAUGAGUCUUGCAGUUUGAUACGAGAUGGGGGACGUCAUUGCUUACGCCGGCUGAUCACGGAUGCUCCUUUUACUACGGACUCUACUUCUACUCAGGUUUUAGAGAAGCCCAGUUUUCUGUUCGGAGAUCACAAUGAGGAUCCGGCUAAGUUGAUUCUUACUGAUGAACACUGGCUGAAUAAUGAUGAAGGAGCCCUCCUUUUCAAAUGCACGAGUGAUUCAAUUGGAGUUCGAGCUCAACUGACAAUUCUGUCGACUAUCAUAAAAUCUUUGGAUCCAAAGCUCCAUGAGCACAUACAGAACUUAGAUGGAGGAGAGUAUUUGUUCGCAUUCAGAAUGUUGAUGGUUCUUUUCCGCAGGGAGUUCUCAUUUGUAGACACAUUGUACCUUUGGGAGCUAAUGUGGGCUAUGGAAUACAGCCCCAUGCUCUUCUCCUUGUACGAGUCUGGUACAAAAUCUUCAAGUGGAGUAGAUGCUGCAUCAAAUGUAGCCUUGCUAAAAAAGUAUGGUAAAUUCGUGAGAAAGAAUGUGAGAAUUGGUCAGAAGAAUGCUCCACAAGCCCCUUUAUCAAUCUUUGUGGUAGCAAGUGUUCUUGAGACACAAAGCAAGAAAUUGUUGCAGGAGGCUAAAGGCCAGGAUGAUGUUGUUCAGAUCUUGAAUGAUAUUACUGGGAACUUGGAUGCGAAGAAGGCGUGUGAUGAUGCGCUUAAGCUUCAUAGCAAAUACCUGACCAAGGUAAAGGUAGAUUAGUCUCUUGGGAAAGACUUUUGGUUGAUCAAAUCAGCGACUACUGGCUUGAGCAAUGGAAAGGAACCCAUUUUACACCCAAGAUGGUUCCUCUUUUUGUAUUGGUUUAUUGAAACUUAUUGAUUGAUUAUAUUGUUGAGGCUCUUCAAUCUACAUUCUUUUAUACGUGCACAAAAGAAAAUGUAAUAUAGUAGCUCCUUCAUGUUGUAUUAUUGUGUGUAAAAGAGGGAAAAGGAAAUAAAAGAGAAAAAGAAAACGCCUAGGUGUCGAAUCAUUGUGUGAAAAAGGGAAAAAGGAAAUAAAGAGAAACAGAAAAGCAGAGAGGGGGCAGUCCGCGCGUAUAAAACUCGCUUGUACAAACUCAGUCCUUUUAUGACAAAAUUUAAUGUUCUACUGUACU